AUGCGUUUCUCGAUUGCCGUCGCACUCUUCCCUGUGCUGGCCUUGGCCACACCUGUUGUGGAGGAACGUCAAACCAGCAAGUGCUGCUACAUCUGGGAGGGCCAAAACGAGGCAUACUUCGAGGUCACGGCUGAUGGCCAAUACCUCGACGCGAUCGAAUCGUGCUACAUGACCUUUGCCCGCAACACGGCCAACCCUAGCAGCUGUGAGGCGGCAUCGCGUAUUGCAUACGCCGGCUACUGCGAACAGGGCACCAAGUUCCUUGUUGUCGCCUGCAGGUCCUAG